UCAGUAAGAGAGAGAGCAGGGAAGGAGACACACCGCUUGCUCUAAUCUCUCUCGCGGGGGGAAAAAGAGCGAGAGAUAGUUCACUUUCUCACGGCUAAGGUUUUUUUCCCACGGUCAAGUUGGCACACUACCUCACUGUCCUUCAUAGCGACGCAUCCAAGAUUACCCGGAAAAGGACUUGCGAUUUUGAACGAAUUUUUCUUCCUCUCUCUCUUUACAAAAACUGGUGUGGUGGUGGUGGUGGUGGUGGUUUAAGUGGUGUGUUAGUGUGUUCGUUCGUCGGUGGUGUUGAGACGAUAGAGAGAGAGAUAGAGAGACAGAAAGGGGAAGGGAAAAGGAAUAUUUGAACAGAAGAAAAACUCAAACUGUAGUGGUUGCUGUUCUACUACUACUACUACUACUACUACUACUACAGCUACUACUACUACUACAACUACUUCUACAACUGCUGAUAAAUCCUGCCAGUGUGUCCAGCGCAAGAAGGGCGUAUGAGCCUCGACUACAACAACCAUUGCUCAUAACAACUACAACCACUACAGCUGAUACUACUACUACUACUACUACUACUACUACUACUGCUACACACACCACAAGCCUUGCAUCUCCUCUGUGAUAACUCUGUGUCCUUUUAGAGAGAGAGAGAGAAAGAGAGAGAGAUUGACUUGCUCUCUCACUCCAAAUCCCAAACUAUUGACUUAAAAGAAUAUAUAGUUUUUUUUUCACACACACACACACACACACACACACACACACACACACACACACACACACACACCAACGUUGCCUUACUUAACAAAAAGAAGAAAAAAUUUAAGUAGAGAAGUAUAUAUGAUUUGUAUGUAAGAGAAAGUAUAUAACAACACACAUUACUACUACUACUACUACUACUACUACUACUACUACUACUUCUACUACUGCUUCAAGAUGGGGCGGAAAAAGAUCCAGAUAUCUCGCAUAACAGACGAGAGAAACAGACAGGUGACGUUCACAAAGAGGAAAUUUGGACUGAUGAAAAAGGCGUACGAGCUCUCAGUGCUUUGUGACUGUGAGAUCGCCCUAAUCAUCUUCAACUCCUCGAACAAGCUCUUCCAAUACGCCUCGACUGACAUGGACAAAGUGCUCCUCAAAUACACGGAAUACAAUGAACCGCACGAGUCACGCACCAAUAAUGACAUUGUGGAGGCGUUGAACAAGAAGGAGCACAAGAAUGGCCUGCAGUCCCCCGAUUCGCCGGACCCCGAGCAAGAGUACAGUCUGACACCGCGCACGGAGGCCAAGUACAACAAGAUAGACGAGGAGUUUACCCUCAUGAUGCAGCGGAACCAGAUCAACGGCAGCAGGCAGCCAGUGGGUCUCAACAACUACAGCAGCAUGGCCGUUAGCGUCCCUGUGAACAACCCAGCCUAUGACCCGUCCCUCAUGCAGCCUUCACCCCAGAUGUCCCACGCCUCUCUCUCGCCCCGCCCCGGCUCAUCCUCGGGUAUGCUGGACAUGAACGGGUCAAAUGGCUACCCCGGGUCCACCUCCCCCCUCCCGCAUGGUGGUGGGGGGGGCGGGGGGGCCUCCUCGCCGGGCCUGCUCCCUCGGGCACACACGUCCAAGACUCACUCCCCGACGAGGCAUAACCUGCGCGUUCUCAUCCCGAACUCGCAGGCCCAGACGAACCCCCGGCCAGGCUCCCCGACAUUGAACACCCCUGUCGUCUCACUGCAGAACGCCGGCGUGAACCCCGUCAUGACCUACAGCUCUCUGAACUCCUUCACGCACCAGGACUUCCCUCUCAACCCAGACAUAUCACUGAAUCCACUCAACCCGCUCCACACGUGGACCAGCAACUCCACCCUCGGAAUGACACACAGCAACCUUCCGCAUCUUAGCAUAUCCUCCUCCACCCCUCCACCAGCCUCCUCCCCCCCCAUAAAGGUCAAAACAGAGCCCCUCAGCCCCUCCCGUGACCCCUCCUCCUCCUCCUCCACCUCCUGUAUGCCUCCCGCCCCCCCACACCUCCAGCGGCCCCCCCCAUCGACGUCGGACCCAGGGCACCUCUCGCCUGCCCCUCCGACGCAUCUGGGCCCGGGGUCACAUGCUGCACAUACCCUCUACAGCAGUGCUAUGUCAGGGCACCUCACCCCUACCUCCCACGCAUCCCCGGAGGCCCCCCCCCACCACACCCCAGACUAUGACGCACCACACUCCAGCAAGAGACCAAGAAUUUCCGACUCAUGGGCGGCAAACUCAUGAGAAGGAGGAGGAGGAGGAGGAGGAGGUAGGGAGGAGGAGGGGCGAGAGGGGAGGGGAGAUGUAGUGCCUGGGACGGGAGGGUGUGGGGUGGUGGGGGGCAGUGGUGGUGGUGGUGGUGGUGGGGGUAGGCCUAUGUGUUAAGUAUAGGGGUAGGGUGAGGGAAAUCAUUAAGGGGGGCUUACCGUCCUUUAUAUAGGGGGGGGUAAAUUUUGUUGUGGGAUACUGUUGGAAUUUGUAUGAAGGAAAGUAGAAGACAAAAAAAGAUGAAAGGAGAAGAAAGGAAGAAAAUUAAAAGACUAGAAAGGGAGAUAGAGAAGAAAAAGGAGUGAGUCUAAAUCUGUCGUAAUGCUAAUGUUUGUGUUAUGGAAAGAUGAAGACAAAAAAAGAUGAAAGGAGAAGAAAGGAAGAAAAUUAAAAGACUAGAAAGGGAGAUAGAGAAGAAAAAGGAGUGAGUCUAAAUCUGUCGUAAUUUAGGAAUUUGUGUGAAGAAAAGAAGAAGACAAAAAAAGAUGGAAGGAGAAGAAAGGAAGAAAAUUAAAAGACUAGAAAGGGAGAUAGAGAAGAAAAAGGAGUGCGUCUAAAUUUGUUGUAAUGUUAAUGUUUGUGUUAUGGAAAGAUGAAGACAAAGAAAGAUGAAAUUAAAAGGAAGGAAGAAAAUGAGAAGACAAGAAAGAGAGAAAGAGAGAAGAAAAAGGAGUGAGUCUAAAUUUGUCUUAGUUAAUUUUUGUGUCUUGGAAAAAUGAAGAAAAGAAGAAGAAAAAGAAAACGAUUGAAAGGAGAAGAAAGGAAGGAAAUUAGAAGAGAGAGAGAGAGAGAGAGAGAGAGAGAAAACAGAAGAAGAAAGAAGACAAAGAAGAAAGAAAGAGAAAUUAAUAAAAAACAAGAGAAAUGAAAAGAUAUGAAAAGAAAACAAAAGAAGAAAAUGUGGAAAAGAAUACAUGUGUGUUUUGUGAAGUGAAGACAAACUCAUUAUUAUUAUUAUUAUUAUUAUUAUUAUUAUUAUUAUUAUUAUUAUUAUUAUUAUUAUUAUUAUUAUUAUCAUUAU